UGUAUAAGUGGAAAGCCUGCGAUGGGGAAAAGUGGUUUGGGGACAUCUAAACUCAGUGGACGGAAUCGUGUACCUGUGGGAAGCUUGAGUUAUAUGUUGGAAAAAACGUGGCAUUCUCCAAGAUUGCACAACAAAAUCAAGUUAAUUUUGUUAGAAGUUCUGAAAUUAUUUAAACGUGUGGUGGUAGCAGAGAGCUGGGCGGUUCGCCAAUGCGGAUUUGGUUACGAUUUUCAUUCAUUCACGCGUCGAAGAAAAGAGUAAUUGAAAUACUCGAGAGGAAUCUGUAAGAACAUGAUGAAUCAUUACUAAUGGCGGGUGACACGAAAUACCGAAGGAAACUCUGGUACACUGUCCAACCGCGUGAAAACGGAAGUACAGACUGGGAUUUAUUAACGCCUGUCCCUUCAACUGAAAGAUCAAAUGAACCAGGGAAUCAACCAGGCCAGCAGAUGAAAGCAAGAGACAUCUCCGAGAUUCUGCACAGACGUGUUGCCUUCUUGGCAGGCGGCAAGGACAGGAGAGGAAACCACGUGAUCACCAUACCGAACGUCAAGGAGAAGUACCAACACACGGAGCACUCGGUUAGCACCACGUUGCGGUACCUGGCUUCAAUUCUCGGAAAACGCGAACGAUUUACGAUUCUGUUGGAUGUGAGGUCUUCGAGUUGGAAUUCUGCAAAACCAAUUAUCCGCAUUAUACAAUAUUGCCUUCGAGAUCAAGUGGAUUUAGUCUGCAUUGUGAAACCCGGGGAAUUCUGGGAGAAACAUCGAACAAAUUUCAACUUUAAAAAAUACAAAGACAGGCUGGGAUUUGAGACCACUCUAGUAUCUGAAGAAAAGCUUCGUCGUUACGUUGAUGUUAAUAAUCUGCCUCGUGAGUUCGGUGGGAACUUAAGCUACGACCACCAUCAAUGGAUAAGGAACCGAAUGAGUUAUGAGAAAUACGUGGAAGAAGCUUCGGAAAAACUGGAUUUCAUUCAAACUGUGGGGAGUGUAGCGAAGCAAGACGAAGAGCUGUCCUGUUGCGAUUCCGACUCAAGUGACGAUUACACCGACAGCGGGCAUGCGACAGGGCACACCAUCACCAGUAGCUCUUCCACCACGCCAUCUCGCGGUCGGUUAUUGGAAACUGAGCACACAGAGUCGAGGUCAAAAUCGAGCAGUAGCGAUGAACACUACGUUUAUCAUCUUAACAAUGAUAACAGCCCAGAAAAACAGCAACCUGUGCCCGCCCCCAGAACCACCAUCGUGUCGUCACCAGUCGCCCAACCGAGAAGACAACGCAGCAGGAGCGUCCCAGCAAAAGAAAACCAACCGAACGGAAAGCCAUCAGUUACAAGACACAGCACCAAAGGGAAAGGUCCGCCACCAUACGAACACGUUUAUACAUUACCAACGUACGGUAAUAGUAGGAAAGAAUCCACAAAACGAAACAGCGAAUGUCGUUACCAGACGGUUGACGGUUCGUCGAGAAACGGUCCGCGACAGUUGCGAAAGAAACGCAACAGAGAAUAUGAGAAUAUCUAUUCUUCGAAUCCGCAAAAAUCAAGAUUGAUGCCUUCUCGUUCUGUUCCUGACCUUGCCCGCAGAACCUCUCGUAGCGAACCAACGGAUGAUGCCAAGCGACAAUUACGAAAUGCUCUUCGUAACUUUCCCAGUCCCACAGUUCAACAAGGAGAAAAACUUCUCCAACAGUUAGGAACAACAGCGGAUGACUCCGAUGGUUUUCGAACCGGUAUCUCUCAACCUUUGCCCCAGGAAGUCGUGGAUAUGAUGCGUAAUAUAAACAGAUUACAGGUUAUCCUUCAAAAACUAGAGGCCUCGUCUCCCAAUAAACAAGACGGGGUUAAACAACGAGAGAAAAGAAGAAGAAGGAAAACCUUAGGUGGAAACCCAGACCAAGACGAUGGUUUCUCGGAGCAAAAUGAAACCGUGACACCCAGGGCUAUUUCAGAUCACCUUAAAACUGUUUAUAAUUGGAUUCGUGGUCCUGGCGAAGACCAUUUGAAAAAAGAUUCAACUUUUGGAAACUCUUUGGAAGAAACUGAAAAAUUAAUUUUGUGCCACAACGGAUUAUUAAAGAAAUCUGCGGAACCGUUUCGAGUAUUGGCGGAUAUUAAACCAAAGUUUUUGGAGUUAAAGUCAAACAUGCAGUACAUGACGUCAGAUCGACAUCAGCGACAACAAGAAACGCCACAGUGGGUUGAAAGUAUCGCAAAGAAUUUGGCAGUCGUUGAAAACUUCAGCAGAAACUUUCAAAAACAACUUGGUAUAAGAGGAAAUUUGUUACAAGAGACGCAUGCGUUUUAUAAAUGCGCAGACAAGGUUUCGUCGUAUCUCGACGAUUUACUGAAGAUAUGUGUGAACGAAGCAACUCUAUUAGAUACUCUGGAUACAAUUCAAAACAAUCUCAACGACUUGCAUUACUUUCACAAGGAGCUAACCAACUCUCAAGAAUCAUUAUUGCAAAAUGCUACAACUUAUCUACGAACGUUGUCUUCACAUAAUGAAUACGAAGAUACAAACAGUGCUGUCUACAAGCAAUCCACAAAAGCCCGCCACAUCGUAGCUGAACUUAAAUGUCGUGUAGUUCGUUGUCACGACCUUUGUGAAGCAUGCAAGGUCAGGUUGGAGCAUAUACUUCAACUCAAAACUGCUCAAAAAGAUGUAGUUCAGGCGAUUGAGUGGCUUACCGACACCAGACACACCAUACAACAAACACACAGAGCACUCGGAAAAUCUGCUAAAGAUGUGGAAUUCUUGAAAGCUAGACACGAAAACAUAAAAAUAGCAGGCAAGGAAGCUUACGACAAUGGUAAUAAACAACUUUCCGCUAUCUCCGUACUAAGAAGAUGUUUACAGCUUUCCCCACCCCACGGCGCUCCUAAACCUCCUGUCUUGAAACGAGCGUACAGCAGUGGACAACUGGUUUCGGAAUCCGGCAAGUUACUUCCCACAUUAGAGUCAGCUUGGGAUAAUUUUGUUCGUGCGUGGCAUGACAGGAGAAGCCGGUUGUCUGUUGCUCAUAUUUUCCAUCUUAAUGCUGAACAGUUAUUUAAACGCGCAUCGCAACUUGAGGUUGACAUUGAUGAUGCUUACCCUUCCCCACCAAACCAAUACAACACCAACACCAAUGAUGGACGCACAUCAAGGCAAUCCCGUAGUAGCAGCACGAAGAGGAAGAUGGAACCUCUUCGUGAAGCUCAUUACUCCUUCCAUGAUGACUUGGAAGAAGUGAUGCGGAUGGGAGACAAUCUUCUACAUACUGACGACUAUGAAGGACUUUUAUCUUCAGAUGACGGUGGAAACUUGGUUGAUUCUGGUAUACAAGGUAAACUGGACAAGCUAACUGACAUACGAUGUUCUCUGAGAGAGAAAUGGACCUCGUUGAAAGAAAAAAGGGGUUAUAACAACAACCGUAGCAGUCUCAAAUCAGGUUACAGCUGGGUGGAAGCUGUAAAUGAGUCCACAGAUUGGAUCCGGAUGAAACUGGUUGAAUGCGGUCCGAACUCAUUUGAUAUUGGAAGAAAUAUUAAGGAGGCUUUAAAAUUGUUGGAAAGACAUGAACAACUUCUGAACGUUAUGAAGGAACGAGAAGAGACUGUGACAACAUUGCUUCAAAAGGAACAACUUGAAAACUCUGACCUUGCAUCAAAUGAAACAUCAUUUGCAACAAACUCAUGCAAGCAAGACACCAAUAACUCCCAGGACCGUAGAAUGCAUCGUGCUAUGAGUCAUUCAUUGUCAGAUUUAUGGAGGGAACUUACAACGCUGCUUUCCAAACGUCAUGUUCUUCUUAACAAGUCUGUUGAGUUUUAUAAAUCAGCAGUAAAGUUUGGAAACCAACUGACAUGUCUUGAACAAUACCUUAACUGGAAGGAGUUGCCUGCCGACCGACCAAGCGCUGAGAGUUUGAUUUCCACCCUCGGAGAUAUGAACGAGGAGAUGUUGGCUGCUUCAGUGGAUUGCUUAGCAUGUGGUCGCCAACUGCUGGAUAUGUUAAAGUCGUUGAAGUCGUCGCAACAAUCUGAUCGUCAUAAGGCGAGCUUUGGAAGUGCUUGUACUGCGGUUGAAUGCACGUUGGAAUCGUUGGUUGAGCGCAGAAGACAAGUUGACUUUCGUGAGCAAAGGAGGAGCUUGGUGUUGAAGAAAGCAUUGAAGAUAAGGGAGUGGGAGGAAGAGGUGGAUGAGGUUAUAGACUGGUUUGAAAUUAUCCGUGAUUCUAAAGUUGAAGUUGUUGAGCUUGGUUUGAAUGCAGCAGAAACUGAAGGGCUGAAGGUUCAUCUGGAACAAAUUAAAGACCAGGCACAGUCUCAACUGGAACGAGCGAAAAAACUCGUGGAAAAAGCAAAUGCUGAGCUGGAGGCGUUUGGAGAUGAAUUUUUGACGAUUAAAUCCAAAGACCUUGACGUGGUUGGUGAGGACUUCAUGAAAUCGGUUGAUGAAAGAAGGGAAGAACUUAACAGGGCUGUCGGGUUCUAUCAACUGCAAAAAGAGAGCAUCAUCUCACUUACUGAGAUCGAAAAGAAAUUGGAAACGGGAAAAUUCUCUUCCGAUCCGGAUGAAAACAAGGAGCAGGUGGAGAGGUUUCAGGAGAGCGUUGAUGCGGCUGCUAAACCAUCUCUACACCUCGCUAAAGUCAUUAUCUCAGAACGGGAAUCUGGCGAAACCGCAGGCUUAGAAGGGGUUAUAACUUGUCGUGACAACGUUAAGCGCCACAAAGAAAAGUUACUUGACACAAUAUUUCGGUGCCAGCAAGAAGCGCUGCGAAUAAUUGAGAUGGUUACUCUGUUUAUCAAGAACUCACAAGAACUUCAAAACUGGGUAACAAACGUAGCAGGAGGAAUGCUUGCUACCAAUGCCAUGGUAGGUGGGAGCCACGACACCGCUUCCCAGUUUCUUAUGUGGCAUCAAUUACUCAGUCAGGAUGUGCAGAAAAAAUCUUCCGAAUUAGAAUCCAUCGUGAAAACAGCGAACAUGCUCCUGGAGACGGGAUGCAACAAACCAGAGGAUGUUGUGAAGAGAGCGGAAGAAACAAAGGAAGAAUGGAUGAAGUUGAACAAGAGGAUCAGCAGUAGAAUCAACUUGGCGGAAAAGUUUACGGACUUUCUCUCUGAAAUAGAGAAGCUUUUCAAGGAGCUAUCAGAUGUGGAGUCAUCGGUGGCGAGCAUGAGGCAUGUAUCGUUGCAUGAAUUACCCGAAGCCCAACUAAGACCUAUAGAAGUUAAAGUGAGGAAAAUACAAGAGGAUAUUAUGGAGAUGGUGGAAAAAGGAAACAAUGUGAACUGUAAACUCACUAAGGGAGUAGCAGAUGAUCCGUUUGAUGCCCAACAAGCAGUAACGACAGUAACCGAACUGCUUGGUGAGCUUCACCUUAGAAAGUCAGCCAUGAUCGGAUACUUGGAAUCAUGGAGUACAAAGCUGGUGUACUAGAGAGACCGACUCUCAGUGGAAAGCAAUUGAAGAUAAAAUUAACAAGGUGAUGGCUUCUUUGGAAAAUCUUGAGCAAUCGAUCUUUUUAAAUGAGGAGGUUCGUCUCGGAGGAGAUGAGGAGGAGAAUCUUGCUCUUUCAGAUCAACUGGAGAAUAGUCAUCUUUUGCUGCAGUCCUUGCAUCUUGAGAUUGAAAAAACUGUCAAG